AUGUCGUGCUGCUUGUUAAAUAUUUGCUGUGUGCUUCCUUAAAAGAGACCUCAUUUUUGCACAAAAAGAAAACCCUAAACUGAUUUACUUUAGAGUGAUUUUUAUUUACAUACAAGUAAUUGGUUAUCUUAAAUUAAUGAUGAGACUUUUGUUUCAGAUAUCAAUAUUCCAGGCACUCACGAAAGUAUGGCACUAUAUUCUUAUUUUACACUAUCUCUUCCUGUAUGCCAAAAAUGGUUACUAAAAGAUCAAUUAGAGAGUGGAAUCAGAUUUUUAGAUAUCAGAAUAAAAGAAGAUACACAUGGGAGAUUGCCCAUACAUCAUGAUAUUGUGUUUUAGAAGGCUUAUUUUGAGGAAGACGUCUUAAACGUUUGCGAAAAAUUUUUAGCUUAAAAUCCAACAGAAUUUGUUAUUGUGAUGAUCCGUAUUGAGUAGAGAGAUAGAAAUGCUCCAUCGUUAAGCAGCCGAUUUGACUAAAUAGUAUCCUGCAAGAAAAAUAAUAUUUUUAGCUUUGAAAGCUCGAUACCAAAAAUUAAAGAUAUUAGAGGUAAGAUUUGGAUAUGGAAUGGAAAUAACUGGAAUUAUAAGGGAUUUAGCCUAUACAACAUGUAAAAAACUGGUGUUUUAAUUCGUUAAGAUGACUAUGAUUGUCCAAUUAAGUAAAAAAAAAGACUAAUAAAAGAUACACAUAGUCUAGCAAUGUAGUUUCAAUAAAAUAGAAAAAAAGGUGUAGAAAUUUAUUUAAAUUAAACGAACGGUUCUUAAUGGCAUGAUUGGCCAUCAUCGUAUGCAGAAGAAAUAAAUAAACAUGUAUACGAAAAUUAAUUUUAUGAAGGUAUAAUAGCUUUAGAUUUCCCUGGAGAAAUCUUAAUUAAAGAAAUUAUUGAAACCAACUUUAACAAGGAUCCCAAAAAUGAUUUGAUAGUAAAUAGAAAUUAGUAUUGA